AUGGAGCACAUCCGUACGACCAAGGUUGAGCAAGUGAAAUUGCUCGACCGAUUCAGUACGAGCAACAAGUCGUUAACAGGAACGCUGUAUCUCACGGCCACACAUCUGCUGUUUAUAGACUCUCAUCAGAAAGAAACCUGGAUACUGCACCACCAUAUUGCCUUGGUGGAGAAACUAGCUCUCACGACUUCUGGAUGCCCUCUUGUGAUCCAGUGCAAGAACUUCCGGACUGUGCAUUUCAUUGUUCCCAGAGAAAGAGACUGCCACGACAUUUACAACUCUUUGCUACAGCUGUCAAAACAAGCAAAAUAUGAAGAUCUCUAUGCAUUCUCUUAUAAUCCCAAACAAAAUGAUUCAGAAAGGCUGCGAGGUUGGCAGCUCGUUGACCUCGCUGAAGAGUAUAAGAGGAUGGGCGUGCCGAAUUCCAACUGGCAGCUGUCCGACGCCAACCGCGACUACAAGAUUUGUGAAACUUACCCCAGAGAACUUUAUGUUCCCCGAAUAGCAAGCAAACCAAUCAUUGUUGGUAGUUCCAAGUUCCGGAGCAAGGGGAGGUUCCCAGUUCUUUCCUACUAUCAUCAAAAUAAGGAGGCUGCCAUUUGUCGAUGUAGUCAGCCACUGUCAGGAUUCAGUGCCCGGUGCCUGGAGGAUGAACACUUGCUUCAGGCCAUCAGCAAAGCCAACCCAGCCAACCGCUACAUGUAUGUCAUGGACACCAGGCCCAGACUGAAUGCAAUGGCCAACAGAGCAGCUGGAAAAGGUUAUGAAAAUGAAGACAACUAUUCUAAUAUUAGAUUUCAGUUUGUUGGAAUUGAAAAUAUUCAUGUCAUGCGGUCCAGCCUUCAGAAAUUAUUGGAAGUCAACGGUACCAAAGGGCUUUCCGUCAGUGAUUUCUACUCAGGUCUGGAGAACGCAGGAUGGCUGCGCCACAUCAAAGCCGUUACGGACGCUGCAAUCUUCUUAGCCAGAGCAAUAAUGGUUGAAAACGCGAGUGUGUUGGUACAUUGCUCUGAUGGCUGGGACAGGACUUCCCAGGUCUGUUCCCUGGGCUCUCUCUUAUUGGAUCCCUACUACAGGACAAUCAGAGGAUUCAUGGUUUUAAUAGAAAAAGAUUGGAUCUCCUUUGGACAUAAAUAUUCGGAGAGGUGUGGCCAUUUGGAUGGUGACCCAAAGGAAGUUUCACCGGUGUUUACUCAGUUCUUGGAAUGUGUGUGGCAGUUGACUGAACAGUUUCCACAAGCCUUCGAAUUCAAUGAAGCGUUUCUUCUUCAGAUCCAUGAACAUAUUCAUUCAUGCCAAUUUGGAAACUUCAUUGGAAAUUGUCAGAAGGAAAGAGAAGAACUCAAGUUAAAGGAGAGGACUCACUCCCUGUGGCCGUUCCUCUUGGGUGACCGGCAGAAGUACUGCAAUCCUCUCUACAGCUCCGCGUCUCAGAAGCUGGCAGUUUUGGAGCCGAAUACAGUAUCUUUCAAUUUUAAGUUUUGGAGAAACAUGUACCACCAGUUUGAUCGAACAUUGCAUCCUAGGCAGUCUGUGUUUAAUAUAAUUAUGAAUAUGAAUGAGCAAAAUAAGCAGUUACAGAAAGAUGUUAAAGACUUAGAAUCCCAAAUCAAGCAACAUAAAAAUAAGCAGACAGAUGGAGUUCUCACCAAGGAAUUGUUAAAUUCAGUUCGUCCUGAAUCACCUGCCCUCAAAACCUCCUUGUGUCUCAAGGAGCAGACUCUGCUGCCUGUGAAUGAUGCCCUCCGAACUAUAGAGGGCAGCAACCCCGCAGAUAACCGCUACAGCGAGUACGCGGACGAGUUUUCCAAAGCGGAGCCUGCUGUGGUCAGCUCGGAAUAUGGCGUGGCCAGAAUGACGUGUUAG